AUGGUGAAUGUUGCGGGGAGGUCAAAGGGCUGCUCUACCUGUCGUAAAAGGCGCAUCAAAUGCGGCGUGAAGGAUAUCACCUUCAUCAAAGGAACCAUUGUGAAAUCGAGAAGAUCUGAGAAGAGAACAAAUGAAUCGGCGAAGUAUGGCGUCAAGGACGCAGACUCUACUGAGUGUCAAGUACCCCGUUUUGCGUCACUCAAGGGCGACGACUCCGAGAUUUACGUCUGCUAUGCUCGGAAGUAUCUUCGGCAAGGCGCUCCACUUGAUUUAGCCCUGCAGAGAAUCCGGCUCGACGACAUCACGUCUGCUAGAAUGAACACGACGAAUGAUCAUCUCUUCCAUCAAGCCUUCUUGAGCUUUGCUAUCCUUGUAUACGGUACCCAAUACCGGGAAACGCCUAUCAUUGAAAAAGGGUAUGCUAUAUAUGGAGAAGCACUAAAGAAGCUUAAUCAUGCACUAUCAGACCCGGAAUGCUAUACUCGUGACGACGUCAUUCUUUCAGUCAUUGCCUUCUCUAUGUUGGCUUGUAUAGUGCCGACAAGCGCAGGACAAUACCUAAAACACAUGAUGGGACUGCAAACCCUUCUCGGGCUCCGCGACCCCCGCUCCUCUUGCUUCCUGGGAUCCACCGGAUCUUACAAGGCAGUGCGGCAUAUGAUGCUUUUUGCUUCACUGCGCACUGCGAAACCAUCGAUACUCGCGAGAGCAGAGUGGAAGGCCGUCUUGAGAGCGAACUGCUCAGCCAAAGAGAUCCAGGAACAAGAAUUGUUCGACGUUUUAGCAGACUGCUCGAUUAUAAACGCACAGCGGGAUGGUAUGCUAAUAAAAAGGCGGUUAGAACCUGAAUGUAGUGCUGGUGAACGAGGCGAAGCAAGAGAGAAGGCUCUAAUACUGCUCACUCGGCUCCAUGAUUGGCGAAAGAAAUGGGACGAUGAUGAGAGAAACUCCCACACCGAGCUCUCGAUGCCCUUGGCUAUGCAGCAGUCAAAACAAGAUUCGUUGCGAAACAACUUGUCCACAUGCCCAUUUCUCACAGUCUUAGCGUUCUCAGACGAAUCAACAGUAACGAUGUUUAUGUUUUACAAUACAGCACUCAUCUACAUCUUCCGCGUCCUAGCCAACUUAGCUGUCCAAAGUUUUGGUGCACAGUUUGAUCAAAGCUUCACAAAGAACAGGCUCCAUGCUGGGUCUCAGGGUGAUAGCUGGGAAACCCCAAGAGACAAGUACAAUACCGCAGAACAACUAGCAGCCCUCAAUAUAUACCGCUCUCUCCCUAACUACUUGGUCCAAAUGUCAUCGACGUCCACAAAUACCACACCGAUUGUUCAUUGGGCUAUCUCAACCGCUUGGGUUACGCUUGGCGGUCAUGAAUCCGCUUACGGAAGAUGGCUAAAGGAGCUGCUAAACGCUGAAGGUCAAGAUGUCGUUGCACAAGGUCUAUGGAACAUUUAA